AUGAGAAGUGCUCGAGAGACUGCUGAGCACGAUUUGCAGGACUUAGCAGGAUCGGACAACAUUCAGAAUGGGGAUCGUGGGACGGUGCUAACCUCAAACUCCAUUAAAGCGAGCAUUAGCCUACAGAACUUGGAAUGUUAUGAGGCAAAGAAACGAGUCAGAUCCGAGAACAGUGGCACAUCUCAGCGAGGGCUUUUUAUGAUUCGUAGCUUCACACGCCGCAGCUCCUUCAACUUGAGCUCUUAUGGGGUGUACAGACCUCACUUCGUCAUCGAGACUGUAGUCCAUUUGGUUUCCACAACUUCUAUGCUCGGCAUAGAGUGA